AUGACAAACUACAACAUCACUAUCACGAGCGACAUCGUGUGCCCAUGGUGCAUGAUUGGCCAUAAUCGCCUGUCCCGCGCCAUUGCCGAGCAUAAAAAGCAGUAUCCCGACGACAAGUUUAGUCUGAAAUACCUACCAUUCUAUCUCCAGCCACCACCUCAAAUAACAGGAAAUGGGCCCCCACCACCACCGUUUCCCGCGCCCUCGAGGCCGAGAAGGGAGAUGUACGCCGCGAAAUUUGGACCCGAGCGCGCAAAACAGAUCGAAGCCAUGAUGACGCAGACAUCCAAGGCCGAGGGGUUGAAUUUCAAGUUUGGCGGCAUGACGGGCCCGAGUCGGAACGGACAUCGGCUUGUAUACUGGGCCCAGGGCAAGGGUGGCGAGCACUCGCAGAAUGAAGUCAUGUUGGGUCUCUGGCGGAGGUAUUUCGAGCAGGAGGUCGAUAUCACCACACUGGAGACGCUCGUCGAGGUCGGACUCGAGGCAAACCUGGGCACCAAGGAGGAGAUUACCGAGUACCUGACAUCCGGCAAGGAUGGAGAAUUGAUCGAUAAAAUGGCCGAGGAAGCUCAUAUGAAAGGGAUCAGUGGCGUCCCAUUUUACGAGAUCAAUGAUGUUUGGGAGGUCAGUGGAGCGCAGGACCCAUCGGCAUUCAAAAAUCUGUUCGCCAGAUGGAAGACUAUGGAGGCUAAAGGACAGCUGCCAGCAGGUGCUGGAGCCAGUGCCAACGGAGACUCCUGCUUGUGA